UGUUUUUACUAACCAGCUUUCUACGCCAACGAGGACGGAGCUAAGCCGCGGCCGGGCAGACAGACAGACAGACAUGAGGAAACUAUACCUCGUUCCUGUUGUUGUUGAAUAAAGGACCCAAAAACGACUUUAUUUUUGUUAUCGACCGAUGUUGCCAGUUUUUUUAGCGAAGUAGUUAUACCACUUGUACCUGUAGCUUGUAUACCUUUAUGUUUUGGGUCGAUAUUUAUAUUAUGUCCUUUAUACAGUUUAUACGGAGGCAACAAAGUCGUCAACAAGCCAUUUUCUAUAAAAUAGGCCGCGGGAUAUAAAGUUUGUUAGUUCCUUGUUGUGUUUAACAGUUUAUGGUACCUAUGUACUAUAAUUAUUUAGUUUUUUUAAGAUUGUAAAUAAUAUUGAAGCCGCAAUGCAUUGGUACUUGACAUUUUUUUCUUUAGCUGGAUUUUUCGUUGAAUAUGGAUUUACCAGAUUGACACCGGAAUUCAUCCACCCGUGUACCGUGGAUAACAGGACGUGCUUAAUACAAUCAACAAUAUAUGCAAUCCCAUACUUCACGAAGGGAAUGCCUGAGUUGGGAGUACCGCCUUUAGAUCCUUUCUACAUCGAGAGACUGACGAUUCCGCUUGCAGGCAUGAAGAUUUCCUUCUUAAAGGGCAACGUUUUUGGAUUCAGAAAGUCCGUCAUAGACAAUGUCGAGUCUAAUUUUGCUAGACGCAAAUUUGCCAUAGAGCUCCACAGCAAUGUUACUCUCAAUGGGGGUUACGAGGCCACGGGGAAAAUACUCAACUUCCCCAUAAAUCAAGAAGGAGAAGCCAAAAUAAAAAUAACUAACUUCAAAAUGAUAGUCAUGAUGAAUUUGGAUAUUAUGACAGAUGACAAGGGUGUUAAUCAUUUAUUUAUCAAGAAUUACAAAUAUAACGUCGGCUAUGGCGAUAAAGUGCAUUACAACUUCACUAAUCUCUUUAAAAGCCACCCAGAGUUGAGCCGAACUCUGCACCAGUUACUGAACGAACAUUGGAAACUCGUGGCUGAAGAGUUCGGGAAACCAAUAGUGGAUUACGCCACAGAACUAGCUGUGAGGACCAUCGAAAAGUUCUUCCUCGCUGUGCCUUAUGAAGAGUUGAUUGAAGGACCUAUACCCUCUUUUAAAUAAAUGCAUAACCAAUGAUAGCUUGAAAAAAUAUUAUCAAAAUAUAAUAUAUAUGAAAUUUAAGUAUUUA